AUGCUUGACUGUAAAACCGAACCAACCCCUAUGAAUGCCAAUGAAAAACUUAGCUUGGAUGAUGGUUCUGGAGAUGCAAAUGCUGGGAAAUAUAGAAACCUAGUGGGAAGUCUACUGUAUCUCACGCACACCCGACCUGAUCUCAUGUAUGCUGUCUCCGUUGUAGCUCGGUUUAUGCACUGUCCCUCGAUGCAUCACCUUGGAGCGGUGAAGCGCAUUAUGCAUCACAUCGCUGGCACUAUUAAUCUCGGACUGUUAUAUGAGCGCACUGAUAAAUUGAAACUUAUGGGCUAUACGGACAAUGAUUGGGGUGGGUUGAUUGAUGACCAAAAAAGCACCACCGGUUGGGUGUUCAAUCUUGGUUCGGCUGCUGUUGCGUGGUGUUCGAAGAAAUAA